AUGGGGAGACCCCACGGCUUGGAUCCGGCCGUGCAGCCAACGCCCCAGUUUACAAUAAAGCGCGACUCGGCGCGCAAUGCCUGUGUCUCACCUGAAACUAGCGCAGAGCAGUCUCCGCCUCCACCCACUAUGAAUGGAAGCAAUGCCUCGAUCGCUCGGAGCAUGUCGCGGUACCGGCGCAAUCGAACAGGCGCCACCGACAAACCACCGACAGCCGUCCCUGCGACCCCUGCGGUCCCGAAGAGUACGCGAUCUCAACCGACCGAAGCCUCACUGGCCCAGAGAUAUCGCAAGGAAUACGCCUGUGAAGGCAGAGACAUUGAAGACACUAGGACGGCACAAUCAAACGGAGUAGACGAUGAUCAGCUGGCAAAGGAAAGACAACGGCAGCACGCGAUGGACCAAUUGACAGGAGCCAGUCAAGCCACUCGCGAAAUGCCUGCACGGCCGCGAAGACAGGAAGAAAACCAACAGCCGACAAAGGUAAAACAAAGGGACGAAGGGAAAUACUCAGAGGCGCAACUACAGGCCAGCCAUUCAGAAUCUGCCACCGAGAACCGCAAGUCUUUCUUGCAGAAAGUCAAGCUCUCCCGAUCCAAAGAGACCUUCACAUCGGAUGACGCCACUCCCAAGUACAUCGAAGUGGGUGGAGGAGGCAUCGUUCCUGGUAUCGACGCCCCCGUGUCGGCGGUGAAUGCGGGCGAACGGCGAGUCCUCGUGCAAUAUGGCGAGUUGACUAUGGAUUUCGCCGUGACGCCAUCUACUCAAGCGCAGGACAUCUUGAUGGCUGCCCCAAAGCGGCUCUCUCGCGAUGUGGACCCUGCCAAGUUCAUUCUCAUGGAAUCCUUUCACCAGCUAGGCUUGGAGCGACCUCUUCGGCGAUAUGAACGAAUCCGGGACGUGAUGAAUUCCUGGGCCCAUGAUAGUGACAGCCGCUUGUUUAUUAUCCCGCCGUCCAGUAUGGACGCCUUGGGCCGCUUGGACGCCCAACACGUCCCCAGCGAGCAACCCAGCGCGGUAACUGUUUACCUCUAUUACUCUCAACGUCCACGCAAGUGGGACAAACGCUACAUCACCCUGCGUGCCGAUGGACAGGUUACAAUGGCUAAGAAAGAAGGCUCCAAGGACCAAACGAAUGUCUGUCAUCUAUCUGAUUUUGAUAUCUAUGUGCCCAGUGCUCGCGCUCUCGCCAAAGAAAUCAAGCCGUUAAAAAGAAUCUGCUACGCCAUCAAGAGCCAGCAGAAAUCCAGCAUGUUCUUGAAAACCGAGAACUUUGUGCAUUUCUUUACAACGAACGACAGACCUAUGGCAGAAAAGUGGUAUCAGGCAACCCAGAAGUGGCGGAGCUGGUACAUGGUCAACACACUGGGAGCGGGUCAGAGAGUGGAAGAAGAUGCGCCCUUGCCGAGGCGGUCUGGGACUUGGACCAGUUCGUCGCGGAAGAAGACACUUUUGGAAGACACAGAGCCUCCAAUGACGGCGCGAAGCUCUGUUGAUCAGCAGAGAACAACUUCCAAGGAACACUUCACGCGGAAAAAAACUCAGCGCGGGCACGCACCUCCGCCAUCUUCUUUCCCCUUGACAGUCGACACGGACGUCUCCGGGUCUAAUGGGGGCAAGGCAUUGGUGCAGGGGAUCUCGCCAGAGGAAGUGGAAGCAUCGACAUUCUCACCAACUGGGCUUCUGGGUCGCACAUAUACCCAGAGGCAGCGCGCCAUGCGUGAACGAGAAGAGAAGGACAAGCGAGCCGCGCAAGAUCCAUUCUCUACACAAGGCAUUUUGGGCGGAAGCGGCCCCGCUUCGCCCGCGUUUCCUUCGAGUCACUACAAUAGUCGAACCAACACGAUGGUACAAUCCUCUGAAGCCGCGGGAUUGGUCAGCCGAUCUCAAUCCGUUCAUCAAAAUGGCAAGCCUCUCGUCGACCUCACCCCCGUCUUCCAGGAGCCACCACAACAUUCCCGCAAGGGCAGAGGUGUAACCGUCGAACGCGGCAUGCCCUUAAUUGACGCCGCCACCGGCCCUGAUCUGGCUCCCACAUCAACGGCUAUCCCUCCUGCGACAGCUUGGCGUCGACCGCCCGCCGACCUCCAAUCGCAGACAGUCAGUUCUCGGUCACGGUACCGCUCGAACACUACGGGAAGGGAGCGAUAUCCCUCGCAGCCCUACGCUAGUGCAUAUCCCAGCUCCACUGGAGCAAGUCCAACCUCACCGGAUGGCCCCUUCAUACCCAAUAGUCUGCUCGCUUCUUCCACCCGAUUAUCCAACAGCCAGGGCAGAGCAGGCACGGGGAAAGGUGUGGCGACGGGUGACCGCAACGCAGCGCGGCCGAUGUUGGACAUGUCUCCUGCAAGCCCGUUCGCGGAGGGCAGUCUUCUGCGACAGUUGUAA